AUGUUGGAUAGUUGGAAUUUGUACUACGUGAAUGCUUUUGAGAAUGCAGCCAGCACCAUGGAAACAAGCGCCGUUGCGGCUGAGAAUAUAGCACGGCUUAUCCUGUCAAGAUUUUUUGGUCAGCUGUACUCAAGUUCAUCAACCUUGAGGAGCUCUAGCUUUGAUACAAAUG